UGUUAUCGAGCGUUACUUGAAGCUGGUUGGCUGCCCACUGCCAGGCUGUGUGUUGUUGUUAGUAUUAGUGUUUAGUAUUAGUCGUGUGUGCGCGCUGCGAAAAUCUGAGCUACCCCCGGUCCUCCCGACAGCACCGCUCGCGUUGUCGCCGUCACCGCCGUCUUUGCUGCCAGUUUUAUUUAUCUUUCAUAAAGCCAAACAACAACAACAACAACAGCAACAAAAUACACGGAAAUGGAUUACAUUGUAAAGGCCUACAAGGACUGGAAAUUGCAUUCGCAAUUUCAAGAGAUCGUGCCUGAUAUGGAUGACACCGAAUUCAUGUUCAACGAAAAGCAAUCGAUACGCGACUCCUCACGCACCCUCAAGAAGUAUGGCAGCACCUGCUGCAACAAUCUGAGAAAUAAUGAAAUUCUCAUACGACACACGGUGGAAAAAACGGAUACACUGCAAGGAAUUUCACUCAAAUAUGGCGCCACGACGGAACAAAUAAGGCGCGCGAACCGUCUGUUCGCCUCGGACAGUUUGUUCUUGCGCCAGUUCUUGCUGGUGCCCGUGGAGAAGACGUCACCCUACUAUUUGCAGGCAAAUGGGGCUGACCAGCUGGCCGAUGUUUUGGCCUCGCCGCCGACCACGCCGGACGCGAAUGUGCAGCGCGAGGCGCUGAACAAUGCCAACAAUUUGAGCUACAACAGCGGCGGCAGCGGCGGCAGCAGCAACAGCUGCAACACAAACAUCUCGUCCAGCUCGUCGAGCACACGUUCCGGCCAGCUGCAUAGCACACCGCGCCCCUAUUCAAUUGCCGGCGAGCUGCUGGUCCAGGCCAGCGACGAGGAUCCGGCGCUGAUGCACAAUCACAGCGCCUGCAACAGCAAGCAGAGCAAAUCCCUGGACUCUGUGGCCGCAAUGACGCCCGAGGAGGAGAAUCGCAAGUGCAUGAAUGACUUUCUCAACAAGAUCGACAACACAAUAUCCGAGUCGCGCAAAUACGUCGAACGCUCCAAGGACCUGGUGAACAGUCAGAGCGAUGCGGAGAUUUGCAUCAGCCCCACAACCGAUGUCUUUUCGCAGCGUCGCAAUCAGCAGCUAAAUAACUCCUACAAGAACAACAACAACAACAACAACAAUCGUCCGCCGCAUCAUCAGAGGCACAGCUCCACGGGCAGCGGCAACUCGGACACGGCGCAGCUUCUGAACACAACACAAACACGUCGCGUGCAAAACUCAUUGAAGCGCCUGGAGAAGCAGCAGGAUGAUUUCUUUGAAUUGUAGCAGCUGGACGCGAGAUUUUGUUGAGCAACAAAACUAGAUUUAAUUACUGUGAGACGCGAGAGCGAGAGAUAGAGAGAGCUAGAGUUAAAGAGAGAGCGAGAAUUAAUUUUACAAAUUGUUUUUAAUUGCGGCGCACGAAAUGCUGCGCUAAAUGUAAAUUAUAGAUACGUACACACACACACACAUAUAUAUACAUACGUACCCUACCUAUAUACUAUAUACAUAUAUAUAUAAUUGUGUAUAUAUGUUGGGCAGCGCUGCGCUAUUUAAACCUGUACUAUAUACUAUAUAUACAUGACGACGCGUUUGUCGAAUGUUUCUCUUUUUUUGAUCUUAUUGUUAGUCCCAAUCAAUGUCAGCCCUUUGUAAUUGCCGCCAAUUUGCUUGCAAGCCCCCUAAAAUAUGUUUAUUUUCUCUUUUGUAUGAUUAGCUUUAAUUACACUUUAAAUGCCUAGUUUAGCUAUGAGAAUUAUUAAUCUUAAUUCACACACACACUUAGUCGUUAGUCUCUUCGAGUUCAAGCGCAUAACUGACUGCUCUUUGGCAUAAUUGUGUUUGUCACAUUUAAUUGGCCGCUAAAUAACUGUUUAAAUCGAACUUGUAACUUUUAAUUAUAAUUUAUUUGUUAGUAUUCUUAAUGUUAUUGUGAAAGCAUAUUACAAUAAUUGUGCAAAUCGAGACACAAUUCAGCCGUCACCUUUCCCAAGGCCAACUAAACUGCAAAUCAAGUUCUAUGAGAAGAUUUUAUAAACAAAAUAAAGUAAGAAUGUGUUAAAAAAAA